AUGAGAUUCAAGACAAAAUCUGGGGAAUUUGCAACAAUCUCCACAUUAUAUACUGCUCAUCCAGUUCUAUUCAAACCCAGUCACAUUACACUCUACGAAACCCGCACGUUGAGAAAUAGGAGGGCGAUUGACAAAAUCGCCACGCGAAGCCAUUUUCUUAAACUCCUACGUCCCCUUUAUGACGGCAUGAGUUCACUUCUGCAAACUAUACGGCGCUCCCGCUUAGUUGCAAAGCGUAUACAAUAUCCGAGUCAAUGCACUUUGGAUGACUACCUAUUCCUUCACGGAAUCAGGGGCCAUGAAAGUGGGACCCCUCGCCUGCUUCCCAUCAUCGUACUGGACUCCUUGUUAGAAUAUAUGGACCGAUGGUCCUUCGGUGAUCCCGAGACGGCUCCUUGUACUAAAACACGUUACAUAGGGAUUCCAGCAUUCAAGUUCCCAUUCCCGUACCUCACCGACAUGCUUCGCUUCAUGUUCAGCGUGAUGCUGAAAAUUUUCAAAAAUCUGGGCGUGAUGUAUAUAAUUAUCUGGCCGGGUUUGGCCCACUCCAGUAUGGAUAAGCCGUGGAAGACGGCGGACUGGACUCAACAGCGGUUUACUGGCGCCACUCUACGAUCUUACCUUGAUGCAUACGAAGAAACUGAUCACACAAAACCCGGAUGUGAUGGAUGGGUAUUUCGAUGUGGUCAGCGGGUUUUUUUCGAAAUUCCAAGGGAUUAUGUCGCGUGGAUGGGUUUCUUGAAGCCAUUAGUUGGGGAACUGGCAAGUACGACAAGAUUUUGGGCCGAUUUCAAGGUACGAGAAUGUCUAGGUGUGAAGAGUCCCCAAAACUUAAGCUCAUGUCAUGGAGGGAUAGAGAAUAGAGAGUGUAGACAAGAUCCACUAUGA